AUGGUCAUCGAUUCUGGAAGAGACUCAGUCUCCUAUAAUGUCACAGCUCCUGCGGAAGAAAAGCCCAAGACACGGCAGAUGCCCGUCACCUUGCUUUCAGGCUUCCUGGGAAGUGGCAAGACAACACUCCUCAAACACAUCCUCAAGUCCCCUGACCAUGGGUUACGGAUUGCCGUCAUCGUCAACGAUAUGAGCCAGCUGAACAUCGACGCUACCCUCAUCCAAAACCACAAAGUCUCCCAGACCACCGAGAAGCUCAUCCGACUUCAAAACGGGUGCAUUUGCUGCACUCUGCGGGGAGACUUGCUGUCUGAACUUGCAGCUCUGACCAAACGAAACGAGGUUGACUAUGUCGUCAUUGAAUCAACUGGCAUAAGCGAGCCUAUGCAAGUGGCCGAGACUUUUACGGCUGAGUUUAGCUCAGCCAUGCUGGAAGCUGAAGACCAGAUUGCGAACGAUGACGCCGACGCCAAGAAGAUCCUGAACGAAAUUGUGGAUCUAGGUGGUUUGCACACAAUGGCUCGGUUAGACACUACUGUCACUGUCAUUGAUGCCUUCAACUUGCUUUCCAGCUUCGAUACAGCAGAGUUCCUCUCUGAUCGCUAUGGGAGGGAAGAGAUCAUCCCCGAGGAUGAGCGCACAAUAUCUGAUCUCAUGGUGGAUCAGAUUGAGUUCGCCGAUGUGUUGAUUCUCAAUAAGAUCGAGACAGUUGAUCAAGCAACACGCGAUAAGGUCUUGCAAUUGUUGAAGCUGCUGAACCCAGCCGCAAAGAUUCUCGAGUCAAAUUACUCUCAAAUAGAUGUCCGGGAGAUCAUCAACACAAACAAGUUUGAUUUUGUCCGUGCUGCUUCUGGUCCUGGGUGGCUGCGGAGCCUGCACGAAAUGACCCUACAGACAACAGGCAACGGUGAACGAAUGGCACCGAAACCAGAAACCUUGGAGUAUGGUAUCAACAACUUCGUUUACACUGCCCGUCGACCCUUCCAUCCGCGCCUCCUCUUCGCGCUUCUUCAUGACAAGUUCAUUAUCCUCCAGAACAAUGAAGCUGAAGAAGAAGAAGGCGACGAGGAAGAGGAGGAGGAGGAGGAGGAGGAGGAGGAGGAGGAGGAGGAGGAGGAGGAGGAUGCAAUGGAGGCAGAANNNNUUCUCCGCUCCAAGGGCUUCUUCUGGCUCACGACCAGGCCCUGGCAAUUUGGAGAAUGGAGCCAAGCAGGUAGUAUGAUGACUUUUGGAUGCGGUGGACCUUGGUUUGCUGAAGUCCCCGAUGAGAACUGGCCAGAAGACAAGGAUGUGCGAGAAUCCAUCCAGAAUGAUUUCAAAGGUCCCUGGGGUGAUCGUCGCCAGGAAAUAGUGUUUAUCGGGGAAGGUAUUGACAGUGUCAAGAUCAGUGCUUUGCUGGAUGAGUGCCUCUUAGAUGAUAAGGAUAUGAAGAAGUGGGAGAAAGUGAUGAACAACAAGAAAAUGAACAGAGAGGAGAAGACUGAAAAGUUAGCAAAGAUGUGGGAAGAUGGUUGGGAAGAGUGGCCUGCAAUUGAGGCCGAGGAAGAGGAAGAGGAGGGAGAGAUUCAGGAGCAGGGGAAGCAUCGAAUUAGCGAUUAUCUGGGUCAUCAGCAUGGGACUAAACAUGCUCAUGGACACAGCCACAGCCACCGGGUGAUUGCUGUAUGA